AUGUCUCCGAUUGCGACUGGACUAGUAAAACAUGCGGACCCAGUAAUUGAUCCUACCAGAGGGUCAGCAGACUCCAAAAGCUCUCAGCUUGCACUAGAGCUUUUUGCAUCUGCCAAAGGAAGUGAUUGGACGGUUGACCAGAUGCCAAAUCUCCAAGGCCGGAUCGCCAUUGUGACAGGUGGAGUUGAAAAAGCUCGAAAUCUGAGGGCUGCUUCAAUCAAAUGGUUGACAAAAUGGCUCUUGAAUCGUGUUACAGGUUCUAGUACUGGUAUAGGCUACGCUACUGCUUUGGAACUCGCUCGUCGUGGCGCAAAAGUCUAUCAAGCCCAGAGAGAAUCUAAUGGACUUCCGUUGAACAGCCUGGCAUGUAGGGCCGACAAGGACACCACGGACGCGAUCAAAAAGAUCAAUGUCAUUGUGCCAGGUUCAAACCCUCAAUUUCUCCAUUUGGACAUCACCUCACUCAAAUCUGCCCAUUCGGCAGCUCAUGAGUUCCUCGGGAAGGAAGACAGGCUCGAUAUCCUGGUGAACAACGCUGGAAUAGCGUUUACACCAUAUCAGCUAAGCGAGGAUGGUAUUGAGCUGCAGCUUUGCAACGCUAUUGGUCACUUUGCAUUCACGUUCCCAUUGCUGGACUUGCUCAAAAAGACGCCCGAAGAGCCUGGUUCGCAUGUUCGAAUUGUCAAUGUUGCCAGUGUAGCGCACUCGUGGGUAAGGGGCACCCCGGAUUUCUCGUCGGUGGAUAGCUUAAAUAAACACUCGUAUUUCACCACGGACCGGUACGGCUUGAGUAAGCUAAUGGUAAGUUCAUCUGAUUGUUUUACCGCAUAG